GCUGGGUUAAGGUCUGGUGAUUGUGAUGAGGAGGUGAAGCACACGUUCAGCUGGGUUAAGGUCUGGUGAUUGUGAUGAGGAGGUGAAGCGUUCAGCUGGGUUAAGGUCUGGUGAUUGUGAUGAGGAGGUGAAACACACAUUCAGCUGGGUUAAGGUCUGGUGAUUGUGAUGAGGAGGUGAAACAGGUGAAACGUUCAGCAGGGUUAAAGUUUGAAGAUUGACUUUUCCAGUCUAGAAACUUCCACUUGUAUCGCCAUCUACCGACGACAUUUUGCCACUUCAGUAGUGAUUCAACGUGAACUGAAAAUUCGAAUAACAAAAUGAGCCAAAUGCUGGACAGUGUGGAGGAAAACUUUUUUUUUUUUUUCGGUGAAGUCAAACAAAAUGGCCGCCUCCAUUCAUUUUCUAGGCUUCAUUAAAUAUCUUUUUUAGGAAGUUUUGGUGAAUUUACGUAGUAAAAAUAACUACAAUUGUAAGGGCACAUUUCAUAUGUAUCACAAGUUCUCCUUAAAACUGUUUCUCUCCAACAUCGAAACCGAAAGUAUGUUUGUAUUAACGGUAAAGGAAGUUAUCCCAGUCUGGAAAAAUCAGUUCAGCUGGACGACAUGUUAGUGCUCGGUGUGUGUUAGCGCACUUGGUGUUAAUUAGUGACUAAACAUGUGACUUUUUUCACGAAGGAAAGGAGAGGAAAUUGUGUGUAUUUGUCACAAGACAAGAUAGUCAGCUAAUUACACUGAGGAAGUUUUCUAGAGAGACAUAAUGGGGUGUUCUUCAGUCACUCGGUGUUUUUUCGACUAUUCCACUCCUAAAAUCUUAGUGAUCCAGAGUAAGAAAGUGGGAGCUAUUUACCGCUUAGGACAGGCUCUGGUAAUAGCAUACAUUGUUGGAUAUGUGUGUAUUCUGAAGAAAGGCUACCAGGACACUGAUUCCGUCAUCAGCUCAGUCACUACCAAGGUGAAAGGUCUAGCACUGACCAACACAACGGACCUGGGCCUGCGCGUCUGGGAUGAGGCCGACUACAUUGUGCCCCCUCAGGUAGUCCGUUGUUCUAAGAAAGAAAAGGAGGAGAAUUCAUUCUUUGUGUUGACGAACCUGAAUAUCACACCAAACCAAACACAGUCACGAUGUCCUGAGAAUCCUGGACUUGAAACAUCAUGUGAUUCAGCUCGAGACUGUAAGAGAGGAUUUCAUGACAGUCGACGAAACGGUGUGCAGACUGGCAGGUGCGUGAACUUUUCAGAGACCGAGAAGACUUGUGAGGUGUAUGCCUGGUGUCCUCUGGAGAAAGACAACAGUCCUCCAAAACCUCCAAUGUUGGCAGAAGCAGAAAACUUCACUGUCUUAAUAAAAAACAGCAUUCAAUACCCCAAAUUUAAUUUCAACAAAAGAAACAUACUCCCGCAUGUAAACAGCACCUACUUGUCGAAGUGUGUGUUUAACCGUGAAACAGAUCCAGACUGCCCAAUCUUUAGACUCGGAGACAUCGUGUCUGAGGGUAAUGAGGAUUUCCAAACCAUGGCAGUUCAGGGGGGAGUGAUGGGAGUGCAGAUCCGCUGGGACUGUGAUCUGGACUUGUCUGAAAAGUCAUGUGUCCCUCAAUAUACAUUCCGCAGAUUAGAUAAUAAGGAUCCAGACAACGUUGCUCUAGGAUACAACUUUAGGUUUGCAAAAUAUUUCAAAAAUGCAGAGGGCCAAGAGAUCAGGACGUUAAUCAAAGGCUACGGCAUCCGUUUUGAUGUUAUGGUCUUUGGAACUGCAGGGAAAUUCAACAUUAUCCCAACACUGCUGAACAUCGGGGCUGGCUUAGCUCUCCUUGGCCUGGUAAAUGUGGUGUGUGACUGCAUUUCUCUGACCUGUAUGACGAAAAAACACUAUUACAGAGAACAGAAAUAUACUUAUGUCAAUGACUAUGAAAUCUUGUCCAAAGAUGAACCAUAGAAGAAACUCUGUCAUGACAAGAAGAUUCGCUUUGUGUCUGUUGGCAGAUGUGAUAUUGUUGCAUUGUGUAUUAAUGAACUGAACAUUUUUGUUACUUUUAUAAAUCAAUUAAAUGUAAAUGGGCUCA